AUGUCGUCAUACGGCGCGGUAGCAUACAUUUCCAGGGGUUUCGAGACCACGCUGAUGAUGUCAAAAAAUCGCGUCGCUCCGUUGAAAAAGUUAACCAUACCGAGAUUGGAGUUAAUGGCGGCAGUGACAGGUGCCCGUCUGUGCCAUCAUAUCAUACAACAGACAGGACUCUCCGAUGUGUGCCUGUGGUCUGAUAGCCAGAUCGUUUUGCACUGGCUAGUAUCAAAGAAAACGCUACUACGAUUUGUUCAGAACAGACUGACAGAAAUACAAAGUUUGACUCAGAACCGGGAGUGGAGUUUUUACCCGACUCAUGAAAAUCCCGCCGAUCUAUUAACACGAGGGUUAUCAGCAUCACAACUCCAAUUGAGUGAACUGUGGUUCAAAGGACCGACGUGGAUUUCUACACCCGAUGCUUGGUCGGAGUGGCAACCGACGAGUGACAUGGUUACUGUUGCAACAGUAACGGCAACAAAUAAUUCGCAAGAAUUUAUUGACGUGAAAAGAUUCAGUUCGUUUCAGAAACUGAUCAGAGUGACUGCCUAUGUUCUGCGAUUUAUUCAUUAUUGUCGCAAUGGACGAAACCCAGCCGGCAUAAAGCUAACCAUUCAAGAAAUGACAGAAGCUGAAACAGCAUGCAUUCGAACCUGCCAGAUGACAUCAUAUCCUGAAGAAAUCCAGUGUUUAAAAGAUAACAAGAAGGUAUCGCCGCUUGUUAAACAGCUUAAGCUUUUCAUGAAGGACAAUGUGAUUCGUUGUGGUGGACGCAUUCAUAAUGCAGCCUUAGAAGAAGAGACGAAACAUCCGAUUUUGCUGUCGGCAAAGCAUGCAUUCACGCACCUGGUAGCCAAGGACGCCCAUGAGAGGUUACACCAUGCCGGACCCAGCUCAACUAUAACACUUUUGAGUGGAAAAUACUGGAUACCAGCUAUACGUCCAUGCGUUCGUUCGAUAUAA